AUGAACUAUUUUAAGGGGAUAACUGUCUAUUAUUUGGAAGCAAAUCCUUCAGUAAACAAAAAACCUGGCGUCGACCUUUUGUAUCUUCAUGGAGCUGCAUUUUCGUCUCAUGACUGGAAUCGAGAUGAACCUUCAAUCAUUCAGAUGAGUGCCGCUUCCGGAUACCGAAGUGUUGCUAUUGACAUACCUGGCUUCAGCUAUAGUCGUUCUAGAGGGCCAUCGGUACGCGAUUAUGGCAAAUUUUUAGCAUCACUAGUAGAAGUUUUGAGUAUUCAUAAACCAGUUAUCAUCAGUGCUUCGGCUAGUGGAAGUUAUUCUGUACCAUAUGUGUUCCAAAAUCAAGAUAAAAUAACUGGUUUUGUUCCCGUCGGAAUAUGCUGCACGCAGAAUAAAAAUUGGGAGACUUUCUCGGUGCCAACGUUAAUAAUAUAUGGUAGUCAAGAUCGGGCAUCAAUUUCAAGAAAACUUCUCAAUAUUCCGAAUAAAAAUUUAGUUAUUAUCGCGGAUGCUCCACAUGCUGCUUAUAUCAGAAAGCCAUUAGAUUUCAUGACAGCUUUGAUUAACUUUAUGAAUUAUAUUCAUCCAAAACAUGACAGUAAUUUAUUAAAUACAAUAUUUACGGCCAAAAUAUAUGCAUAA